UUGACUAAUGGAAAUGGUGCCGUACUUAUAAUGGGUAUAGCCUCACUUCAGAUCACUCUGUAGUGGAUCCUGCUGCGGUUCGCUUAAGGAGAUACGAUGGCUCAUACUGCAGUCAUCAAAGUAGUCAUCGUUCUCGCAGCCCUUGUUGCGGCAUGUGAGUCCAAAAAGGCAAGACAUGCCCGUCAGGUAGCGGACCUCCUUCUCGGUGGUAUGGGACAAGGGCACGUCGUCUCUUCCCACGUACAGUCUCAGCAAAGCCACAGCAAGACCGUAUCUGCAUCCGGUGGUAGCUCUCCAGGGUUUACGGUGGGCGUAUCUCACGGCGUUCCACUCACAGGGGGCCUGACGGAAUUCCAUCACUCCUUUGCGGGUGGGGCUCCCCACUAUGCAUUUGGUGGUGGCGGUGGCUCGUACGGACUGGGGUACGGUCAACAUGGGACGUACGGUGUAGGCGGCUUUUCAGGGCAGGGCUUCGGACAUGUCAACGUCUUGCACGGUCCGCCAACUCACUCAGCUCACUUUGGAGGGGCCCUCGGAGCAUUUGGACAUUUGGGAACAUACGGAGCUGAUCAUGUCCAGAGUGCGGCUGUAGAGCAUCACCAUCACUCCAGCACGGCACAGGCUCAUUCGCAGAUUGCUCAUCAGGCAUUGUCGCAAGCAGAGGCAGUACAGCAGGCGCAGCUUCAAGCAGCCCACGCAUCAACGAGUCUUUUGAGAAAGGCUAUGGUACAUCAUACCGCUGCCCAACAAGCACAGGCGGCCGCAGAAAGCGCUAAAAACAGAUUACUUCAAGCAUCCGCGACUAGGCAAGCUCUCCUUCAGUAUUCAACCCUUGGAGCACACCCUGCUGGCUACCAUGGGGCAUACGGAACUGGGGGUUUCAGUAAUUUGUACGGAGCAUCUGGACUUCAUGGAAGUGGUUUUUACGGGACUGGCUUUGGAAGCGCCAACUUACAUGGCCAAUGGCAUGGAGGACAUGGAUAUCACGGUUUUGGCCCACUGUAUGGUGCGCAUGACGUGCAUCAUGCAACAAAUCUCUAUGGCAGCUACGGGCUAAAUCAGGGGGCGACCUUCCCAGGAAGCAUGUCAUUCCACGCUGGCUUACAUGGUCAUCCAGGGGUGGCACAUCAAUUUGGUGGGGUCAGCGUUUACCCCAGUACCUAUGGCCACACAGGUGUUUACGGACACGGAAGCACCGGGUUCACGUCGUUUCCCACCAGCCACGGUCUAGUGCUUCCAGGACACACUUUCGGGGCAGGCUACGGUAAUUUCGGAACUGGCGGCGCGUACAACCUUGGUGGGGUUCAACAUGGUCAAGCAGUCAGUCAGGUGAAGCACUGCACAUCAGUGCACGCCGUUCAUAAUAUCCACGGCGGACAACCACAGUUCUUGCCUGGUUUAGGCGCGGUAAAUGCGGGCAUGUUAGGUGUCGGAUAUCAUCCAGGCAGUGCUCUCUACGGUGCACUGCAACCUGGACACCUGUCUGGAGGAUACCACCAAGGUGGUCACCUCUACGGUGGGUCAUACGGAGGAGGGGGCGGUCACGUCUACGGUGGAGGGCUCGUCUUGCCGCAGACAUCGCACCAACUGUUCUCUGCUGGGCAACCGUUCGGUUCGCACGUGUCAUUCGACCAUGGUUACGGCCUGGGGUCCGGACUGAAUGGUGUGCAUCACAGUUUCGUCGGAAACAAUCACUUGCCCUUCGGCUUGGGACAGACAUAUCAAACAUUUCAUGGAUGAAUGUGGUGAGGAAGUGUCAAGAUCCCCAUACCCACCCUAUAUGCACUAACCUGCACUGACCGAUCUGCAUCAAGAUACCUGACGUGCACGUACUGGUCAGCAGCGUGCGUAGUGAUAACUAAUACGAAAUAAAUGUAUUAAAAACCUA